AGCUCCUCGAGCUAAAAGUCAAAUAAGUCACUAAAGCAUCCGAAUCAGAACCCCCACUUGAUGUUUGGAAAGCAAAUCAAGGACCUGUACUUAACACAAUACAAGACCCACUCCGGGGUAGCAGCAGCAGCAGUGUCCGGCAACUUGGACCUGGCCACGUUUUUAUGUACUUUUAAGUGUGCAAUUAAAGGUCAAUUGCCGGUUUGGUCCGAGCACGUCGGAGACGUUCAAGGAGCUGCUGUAUCCCAUUACAAAAGGAGAGGCAAAAAACAAAACAAUAUCAAAAUUACAAGUUCAAAUUUUUGGAAGAUGAAGAAUCUGAUUGAAUACAAGGCCGGGCUGAUGGUUAGCCGUGACCGUGUGAUCGAGCCGGAUAGUCGCAAGGGACUGCUCUUUUUGCGUCGCAUCGAAGAUGAGGUGCACAUAUGUUGGAAAGAUCGUCAGUCGGGCAAAGUCGACAUGGACAUUGUGGCAGUGCCGGGUGUGCCCCGGUUCCGGCGUGUCAUCGAAUGCAACACGGGUCGUGUGUUUGUCCUCAGAUUCGAGGGCGUCAGGCAGCGUCACUUCUUUUGGAUGCAAGAAGCGUAUCCCGAACGUGACAAUGAUUUCUGUCAGCGUUUCAAUGAACUGAUUAUGGCUUCCCAAGAGCCGGAGAAGCCAAAGAUCGUUAUCUCUGCCGUUGCCACUGAACUGGCCACUGACCGUCCACGCGAUGGUGGUGGCAGUGAUGUCCCUGCGCCUCCUACGCCUCCUACGCCACCUCCGCCUCCGCCGACACCUGGCAAAGGUGUUACUAUGGUGACAAACUUAUUGGGGUUCUUCCUCAAAAUGGGUCAAAGUAUGAUCAGUUUGGCCAAAAGUACUCUGUCACCCGAGGGUACGAUGCCGCAGCCCUUUCAGGAUCCUUACCAGCGGCAGACCAAAAGUCUGGCCACCACGAUGCACCAUCAAAUGAGUACUGUCAUUGAAUUGAAUAACUUUUCGUCGGAGAGCCUGCACCGCCUAGUCGCACGCCUGCCGAUGGACCCGGAUCGCGAGGAGAUUGAGCGCCACACCACGAGUCUGCCUGCCACAGUAGUCGACACCCUGAAGGUGGGCCUUGUGGCGGAUCAUGUGCGUUCGCCGCAGUUCUACGAGGCUCUUAUGGUGUUUCAAUAUGCUUUUCAGCGAUGUCAGCUCUUUGGCAGCCUCCAAGAAUUGUCAGUGGGCCCCGAGGCACUGGAGGCGGCACAAGAUGGCGAUUUUGAGGAAUUCCUGUACAUCCUGAAUAGCCCCGACGCUUAUAGGCAAUAACAGGAAGGAGUCUGCUAAUUGAAAAAAAAAACAUCGGAUAAAGACCAUUGUCAUAAAUAAGUCAGAGCCAAAAACAGAGAAAAAUACACACCCAACAAAAAAAAA